GACGCAUUCAGAAGAUCAGCUCUUCAGCAGCGACCUGAGGAUGUUCUAUGUUGUACUGUCGUUGGCCUCGGACGAGUUUUCUCCUGAAACUACAUGAGACGAGAAGUGGCUCAGGUUUACACUUCACCCUUCAUGAGCACGAGUCAACAUGCGGCCUGAGCCUCUCCUCCUGCAGCAGUGAUGGCCGCCCUCAGCCCUCCUGCUCCUCUCCUCUGUGUGCUGCUGUGUGUGUCUCUGGCCCUGCAGCCCUCGGACCUGCGUCUGGCUUACGUGACCCACAACAGCUUCUUCUACUACUCCUGCAGCCAGGACCCGCAGCCCUGCAGCGUCUCCUCGCUGACUGACUGCAGAUGCAAGGACAUCCAGCUGUCCACGCUGCACCACCCGCAGUCCCACUCCUCCCCUGUUUUCCGGAUGAGACGUCUGACCGUCUGGUUCACGUCGCCCUCGAACACGGCGCGUCUGCUCAACAACUCGGAGGUGAGGCACCUGACUCUGAUCCACUGUGGUGCCGGGGGAUCCGGUGGGGUGUCCCCUGCUCCCCUGGAGGGACAUUUCGCUGUGCAGCAUCUGGAGAGGCUGACGGUGGUGAACUUGCAGCAGCUUCCACACCUUCCAGAUGCAAACAGAGCCACUAGCACAGACUCGAACAGUGACACGGACGGAGACAACAGUGCUCAUCUGGACUCAAAUCGAUACAACCGGGACAGAGACACGUUCCUGGACCUGAUCGCAGACAUGAGGAGAGAUUCCCUGGAUCCGUCCACACCUCAGAUCCAAGACAUCUUCCUGGGCAGGGAGCUGGGAGCAGCGUAUCAUGAACAGGCCAGACUGGGGAUCGUGCACAGCUCGGUGCUGGAGUGGGGGGCAGUGCUCAAAGCCUACACGGUCCAGACACACAUAGACAGUGACGGUGAGCUGCCGUUCCCUGACCUCCACCUGCCCAAAUUACCAGCAGCAUCCGUCAUAUACGUCAGCUUUGUGUACUGACACCAGGCCUCUGUCUGAGAGGUGCUGCUGGGAACCACAGCAGGAAGAAGAGACUGUUUCAGACCAGGAAUCAAGAGCUGUCCUCGUUUACAUAAAAUGUUAAAAGUCUGUCCACACUUCAGCUGUGAAAAUAUAGAAAUCUGCGCCAUAAAACUUUGUGAAAGAGGAAACAAAGACGCAGUGAAACCAGCAGAAACUGUUUUUCAAAUCAUCCUUUUAUUUAGUUUAAAAGUUCUUUCCUGGUCAAAUUCCCAGGACAGAAAUUGUGAUGUGUUUUUCUUCUUCCGAAAGCUUUAAUCAUAGUUUUUCCCUGAGUGAGAAAUGUGCACAGCUGUUUAUCAGCAUGUAAGAACAAACCACAUCAACUAAUGAGAGAGCCUCUGAGGGACGGGAACAGUCUGCCAGCCUCCUCCAGCUGGAGGGUCCUUUGUUUCCAAAUGAUGUUUAUACUGAAUUGAUGGAACAAUCCCCAAAACAAGUGUUUACCAGUCGAGCAUUUGUCCUUUUUAUUCCCUUUUUGUCCCCGAAACAAGAAUCUGAUCCAGUUGCAGAAUUCACACUGAAUAUAAAGUCAGAGGAUUUUUUCUCUGCCUGCAAGAAUGAAAUCUUCUUGAAGAUCUUGAAGAUUAAUCCAAUCUGAACUGUUUAUCCUAAACCCUCCCGAAGGAGAAAUUAUUCUACAGUUGGAAUUUGGUCACAGAGACAAAUGUUAUAUAUUAUGCAUGUUGUUUAGCCUCAAGUUUUUCUUUGGAUCUUAAUUCUAUCUCAAGAAUCACAUUAUUUGAGACAAAUAAAGUUUAAUGGACGGACACAGCAAUAGGAGCAUUUUAAGAUUUUACAUAUGAUCUAAGAGGACGGCUAUUUCUCUUAAGCUAAAUUUAAGAAAUAUGAGAAAAUAGUCUGAUCUCAAUUUGAUCUUAUAUUUGUCUCAGUUAUGUGUAGGUAUGACCCUCACACAAUAAGAGGUAUAGAUAAUGGAUGGAUUUAUUACAAUGAGCAGAACGAUUUACUGUGAAAUACAGUAAUAACUCAAGAAUAAGAUUAGUUUCAAACAUUAAAAGAUUAAUUUAAAAAUGUUAAACCAUCAGUGAUGCUCAGUUUUCACUCUAACACUGCUCAACAGCGAUAAACAGAGGAAAUAACGUGUAAUCCUCAGUGUGAUCAAAGAUGGAUGGAGGUCAUCUGAUCAGCUGAUCCUAACAUCUGACCUUUGACCUCUGGGUCUCUGUCGUAAAGGUUUCCUCUUUAUACAAAUGUUAUUCUAAAGAAACCUGUCACUGGAGUUGUGUUCAGACAUUUAACCACACGGUGGCAGCAGAUACAUCCAAAUCAAAGCGAGCGACUCAAACUGAGGCGAAGGAGACUGAGCUAUUUUUCUGUCAUGUUUUUAAAGUGAUCCACAUUCUACAAACUUCUACAUACAUGAUACUCAGCACUUUAAAAGCGUGUGAGGACUGUGCUUUUAACGACAGAGGUACAUUGUUAAGUGUGACCUGAUAUUUAUUUGUGUAAAAGAAAAUAUAUUAGUGUCAUUGGCUGCACUUGUUUUAAAACAGAAAUAAAUGA